UAACAGAGUCACUGGGACGAGGAGAAGUGAGUACUCGGCCCGGAGCUCCCCGUGACUUACUCAGGACAUUCAUAUCGUGGACCUUGUCCUUCUCAUUCGGACGUGUCCGGUUUUUAUUUUCUGUCAGAGGCUGGAAAUGCGCUGAAAGUUUUAGAGGUCGGUGGGAAGUGGACCGCUGUCACUUUGACCAGAUUCAUGGACUCAACCCGGACUUUAGUGGAAAAGCAUUUCUGUCAACAAGGCUGACUUAAUAAUUCACUCACUAUCAAGAUAUGAAUUUGCCUUUGGACAGUAUGAGCAUCCUGAAGAUUUUGCUGUUUCUCUCUGAGGCUGUUUUACUGACUGACUGCGUAAGAGGACCUCCACAGGUGUCUGAGAAAAUUGUCCACAGACAGAUGGCCCGACUGGGAAGUGCCAUCAAGUUACCAUGUCCAGUGGUUGGUGACCCACCACCCUUAACCAGGUGGACCAAAGAUGGACGCACCAUCCACAGUGGCUAUAUUCGCUUCCGUAUCCUCCGCAUGGGCUUGAAAAUCAAAGAGGUGGAGGCAGAUGACACCGGGACUUACAACUGCCAAGCUACUAAUGGAUUUGGAAGUGUUAAUGUCAACUACACCCUCAUCGUUAUCGAUGACUCAAGUUCUGACAAAUCUGGACCGGCCACUGGAGCAGAGUCUGAGCCGAGCAGUGAAAAACUUGAGCGCCCUCAGUUCACACAGCCUGAAAAGAUGAGGAGGAGAGUGAUCGCCUGUCCCGUCGGCAGCACAGUGCGCCUCAAAUGUGCAGCUAAUGGAACCCCUCGACCGGACAUCGUGUGGCUGAAGGACGACAGGCCGCUGACGGAGCAGGAGGUCGGCGAGGGCCGUAAGAAACGUUGGACUCUGAGUCUGAAGAACGUGCUGCCAGAACACAGCGGCAAAUACACCUGCAGGGUGUCCAAUCGAGCGGGGGAGAUCCACACCACGUAUAAAGUCGAAGUCAUCCAGAGGACAAACUCCAAGCCGGUUCUGACGGGGACGCACCCGCUCAACACCACGGUGGACUACGGAGGCUCCACGUCCUUCCAGUGCAAAGUCCGCAGCGACGUUAAGCCCGUCAUUCAGUGGCUCAAACGUGUAGAGCCUCACGAGGAGAGCCGCUAUAACUCCACCAUCGAGGUGGGGGAUCACAAAUUUGUGGUGCUGCCCACGGGGGAGGUGUGGUCCAGGCCCGACGGCUCCUACCUAAACAAGCUGCUCAUUACUCGCGCCAAGGAGGAGGACGCCGGCAUGUACAUCUGCUUAGGCGCCAACACCAUGGGCUACAGCUUCCGCAGUGCCUUCCUCACUGUACAGCCAGACACAAAGCCUCCCAUCAUUUCCUCUUUCCCAGUUGCCACCAGCUCCCUCCCCUGGCCCGUCAUCAUCGGCGUCCCUUCUGGAAUCGUGUUCAUCUUCGCCACAGUUCUGUUGUGGUUCUGCCAGAGCAGAAAGCACUGCCCCCCUCCCAGCGCUCCGGCUCCACAGGCUCUGCACGGCGCCCACCGGCAUCGAGAGCGGGACAGGGCCUGCGCCGCUCCCUUGUCCGGAUCCUCCAACCCAGAGAAAGACUGCAUGAGCUCCAUGAACUACGAGGAGUACCUGGCCCAGCAGCAGCUCCUCCUCAGCCAGGGAGGACUGGCUGCGCCCCCUAAAAUCUACCCGAAAAUCUACACCGACAUUCACACACACACUCACUCUCACGUGGACGGGAAAGUACAUCAGCACCAACACAUUCAUUUUCAGUGUUAGUCGCAGUGUGACGGGGUCUCAGGUGUGGACUGAGCAGCUCCAGAGUGAUGGAGCGUCACUCACCAGAAACUGUUGCUGGGAACGUGCGUAACAAAGGCCAGUGUGUUAUUACAUUAAAACUUCCACAUUUGAUGCCCAAAAGCUUGCACCACUAAAAUCCAUCUAUCCUUGUCGUGCACUUAAUGCAAAUUUUUUUUAAGGAUGCGACUUAAAAAGUGGCUGUCGUCCUCCUCAGCCGUCAGAUUUAGCAUUUUCUUAAACGGUACUCAAGAUUCACAAAAGGGCUGGUUUUAUGCUCCUACUCAGGUUGUCUUUGUGUUUGUUAAUGAAUGCUGACCACUACGUUAACGUUACUCCAUCCCACGUUAGUUUCUUGUUAAAGGAGAUAUGGAAAAAGAUUUAACUUUUCAUGGCAUGCAAACCUUGCCACAGACUGCAAGGGAUGGAAGACUUUUCAUUUUCCAUGUUUAUUAUUUUUUUAAACUUAGUUGUCACAAGUCAGUAGUGAUUCAAGAUAAGCCAGCAUUUUUUUGACCAAUAGUUUAUGAAGCUGUAGUCAGAAUAUUUAAUUUAUUUUCCUAAAAGAAAUGUAAAGGUUUAUUUUUCAGAGUAAGGCAUUUUACAUAU